CUAAUUUUCAAGAUUAUUUUUUUUUUUUUAAAAAAUUGUGUUUAGAGGAGAGAGAGAGUCAAUUUUUUUUUUGUUUUAGAGAAGGGUUGUUGAAAAAAGGGGAAGAAAUGCAGGAGAUCCGGUGCAUUGUUGGAAAUCUUUGAUUUUUCAUCAGCUCUGUACUUUACAGACAUUCAUCUGAAAGAUAGGUCUUGAGCCGAGGGUCUUUUGGAAAUAGCCUCUCUAGCGGUAAGGUCUGCGUGUACUAUACCCUUCGUGUACCCCACUUUGUGGGGAUUUCACUGGGCUGUAAAAAAACAGGACUAAAGGAGGAGGAGUACCCAUAAGCUCCUGAGUGCUUUUCUUUCCCUUUCUAAAUUUUUUGAGGGUUUAGGGAUUCUUGAGUUAUUAUAGGUUAAAGGGAGGGAAAGAAAGCAUUUUUACCUUGUGAGCUAACUCAAUUGGGAGAAAAAACAAAUUUUGUGUUAGUAAAAAAUGAACGGAGUCUCCGGUGUGAUGUCAAGGCAAGUAUUGCCAGCAUGUGGAAGCCUUUGUUUCUUCUGCCCUGCGAUGAGGACAAGAUCAAGGCAGCCUGUUAAGAGGUAUAAGAAGUUGAUCUCAGACAUUUUUCCUCGGUCCCAGGAAGAAGAACCAAAUGAUAGGAAAAUUGGAAAACUUUGUGAAUAUGCUGCAAAAAAUCCUUUUCGAAUUCCCAAGAUAACAAAGUCACUUGAAGAGAAGUGUUAUAAGGAAUUGAGAAAUGAGAAUUUUCGGUCAGCAAAGGUUGUUAUGUGUAUAUACAAAAAGUUGGUUGUUUCAUGCAAGGAGCACAUGCCACUUUUUGCAAAUAGUCUGCUCAGCGUCUUACAAACUCUUUUAGAUCAGUCGCGUGAGAAUGACAUGCUAAUUGUCGGAUGUGAAUCACUAUUUGAUUUUGUAAAUAAUCAGAAAGACGGUACUUACAUGUUUCAUUUAGAUGGUUUUAUUCCAAAGCUGUGUCAACUGGCACAACAAAUAGGAGAGGAAGAAAGUGCUAUAAAGCUCCGCACAGUUGGCCUGAAAGCACUUUCUGCAAUGGUUUGGUUCAUGGGCGAAUAUUCCCAUGUUUCAGCGGAAUUUGACAAUAUUGUUUCAGUAGUCUUGGAAAAUUAUCCAAGGCCAAGAAAGGAAACUCAAGACUCAAACCAGAACAGGUGGGUGGAAGAAGUGCGCAAAGUUGAGGGCCACGUUUCUCCUUCCCCAGAAGUCAUCGCGAAGGUUCCCUCAUGGAGAAUCAUUGUGAAUGAGAAAGGGGAACUAAAUAUUUCAAAGGAGGAUGACGAAAACCCAGCAUUUUGGUCUAAGGCUUGCCUGCAUAACAUGGCCAAGCUAGGUAAGGAGGCUACAACCACAAGGCGAGUUUUGGAAUCUUUAUUCCGCUACUUUGACGACGACAAUUUAUGGCCUACUGAAAAUGGAAUUGCUGUACCUAUUCUAAAGGAUAUGCAGUACACAAUGGAUGCUUCAGGAGAGAAUGCGCACCUUCUGCUGUCAACAUUAGUCAAGCACCUAGAUCACAAAAAUGUUCUUAAACAACCUGAAAUGCAGCUUGACAUUGUUCAGGUGGUGACUUCACUUGCUCAAACAACGAAGACUCAUCAUUCCAUUGCCCUAGUCAGUGCAAUAACUGAUAUCAUGAGGCACUUACGGAAAAGUAUACAUUAUACUCAUGAUGACGCAAAGCUGGGAGCCGAGUUAAUAAAGUGGAACCGGCUUUUCCAGGAAUCAGUGGACGAGUGCCUUGUGGAGUUAUCAAAUAAGGUUGGAGAUGCAGGCCCUAUUCUGGAUGUGAUGGCAGUAAUGUUGGAGAACAUCACAAGUAUCCAAGUGAUAGCAAGAACUACUAUUGCUGCUGUUUACCGUGCUUCUCAAAUCAUAGCUUCUAUGCCAAACUUGUCAUACCAAAACAAAGCAUUCCCAGAGGCUUUGUUUCAUCAGUUACUCCCUGCUAUGGUCCACCCUGAUCAUGAAACACGAGUUGGAGCUCAUCGAAUCUUUUCUGUUGUCCUUGUUCCAUCUUCUGUUUCCCCUCAGAAGGUAUCUGAGGAAACCCACCUGAGGAAGGCAGCAGAUUUUUCAAGAGCACUCUCUAGAACUGUUUCUGUCUUUUCUUCUUCAGCUGCACUUUUUGGAAAGCUGAGAGACCAGAGGUCCCCUUCAAUGGAGAAGGUUACUCUUGGAAUGGAACAGAAAGAUAACAAUAGUGGGAUGCUCAACAGAAUAAAGUCAACAUAUAGCGGGGUAUAUAGCAUGAAAGGCUCUCCUGCACCUAUUGAAGAGUCUACGAACAAGCCAAGUAACGAAAUGGGUCCUAUUUCUCUAAGACUCAGCAGCCACCAAAUCGUACUCCUUCUCUCCUCAAUAUGGGUACAAUCCAUUUCUCCUGCAAAUAUGCCUGAGAAUUAUGAAGCCAUUGCUCACACAUUUAGCUUGGUCUUGCUAUUUUCUAGAGCAAAGAACUCAUACCGUGAAGCUCUAGUGCAAAGUUUUCAGCUUGCAUUUUCGUUGAGAAAUAUUGCACUCAUUGAAGGAGGGUCACUACCACCAUCACGUAAAAGAUCUCUGUUUGUGUUGGCGACAUCUAUGAUUAUUUUCUCAUCAAAGGCAUAUAAUAUACCUUCUCUCGUUCCCCGUGUCAAGGCUGCACUUUCAGAUAAAACGGUUGAUCCAUUUUUACAUUUGGUAGAAGAUAGCAAACUACAAGCUGCUGAAUCAAGUUCUGGUAAUGGAAAAGUUACAUAUGGAUCCAAUGAAGAUGAUAGUUCUGCUCAGAAAUGUCUCUCGCAAAUAAGUAUCACAGAGGAACAGUCAACGCAAUCCAUGAUUUCCUUAAUCCUAAAGAGUUUAUCUAAUCUAUCAGACCUUGAAGUGUCAGCUUUAAGGGAGGAGUUGCUUAAGAAAUUUUCACCAGAUGAUUCAGAUUCCCUGGGGACUCAGUUUUUCACCGAUGCUCAACAGAGAGCUCAGCAGUCUAAUUCAGUUGAUCUGACCUCAAUAUUUGAUGAUGAUGGUCCAGAUUUAUUUCAUAGCAGUUCCAAACAGAAUGAACAAUCAGCCAUGGAAAUUCCCAAUCUAUUGAGUGUCAAUCAACUUUUAGAAUCUGUUUUGGAGACGGCACAUCAAGUAGGGAGAAUGUCUGUGAGCACGGAACCUGAAUUUUCAUACAAAGAAAUGGCUCAUCAUUGUGAGGCACUUUUAACGGGAAAACAACAAAAGAUGUACAAUUUGAUGAAUAGCCAACAUAGACAAGAUAAUGCACUGAUCGAAAUAUCAGAGAGUUCCAGUGAUCAAGGCGAAGAAAGCGCUUCUGAUAACCAGGUUGACAAUCAGGUUGAGAAUCAACUGGCAGAUCAGAAAGUAGCCGAUGUUUCUGAUAAACCAACUCGCGAAAUUGUUCCUUCACAUUGUGGAGCGGAAUAUCAAAGUAAUCCGGAGUCCUUCAGGCUACCGGCAUCAAGUCCAUAUGACAAUUUUUUGAAAGCUGCCAGAUGGUAGAGAUAGCAUAGGAAUCGUUCCAAACAGAGAUGUUUGCGAGAUUACUUCCCUCCUGAUGGCAGGGUUGCCAAAGCCUUACUCGGUUGCAGAACCGGAAGAUCUUCAUGCAACGCGCCUGCACGGAAAGAAAAGUCGGCGCCAGAGUUGUAGAUAACACAUAGUUUUUAACUCAUCAUACACAUAAAAGUUGUUCAUUCUUUUAUUCUUUUUUUUUCUUCCUAUUAUGAGGUGAAAUAUUGUUGUACUGGAGCCAUAGAGGAGGCAUAUUGGUUAAGAUUUUAGGUUUUGCUGUCUUAGCCAAUGUCAUUUACUGUUGUAUAAUAUUUAAAUGUUGCUUUUGUUACUCUCUUUUUUGUAAUUUUAGAUGGAGCUAUUCUUCUCUUCUUCUGGUGUAUGCAGACACUGCUAUUUGAAAUGGGAAAAAGCAUUCUUUUGCUGUUCUUA